AUGGAAUAUAACAAGGUUUUUUUGGGCUUAUGUACCUUACUAGUGAUCUUUGGUUCUCAUGUCUCUGAAGCUAGAAAUCCCCACCAAGACUUCAUUGAUGAACACAACAAAGCUCGAGCUGAGGUCGGUGUUCCUCCGAUCACAUGGAACGACACAGUAGCUGCUUAUGCACAAAAGUAUGCCGACUCCAAAAUCGAGACCUGUGAAAUGGUGCAUUCUGAAGGACCGUAUGGCGAGAAUUUGGCUGAAGGUUAUGGUGAAAUGACGGGUGCACAAGCUGUGAAGUUCUGGGUGACAGAGAAGGCUAACUAUGACCUUGCUUCUAACAAAUGUGUUGGUGAUGAAUGUGGGCAUUAUACACAAGUUGUUUGGCGCAAUUCUGUUCAUCUUGGUUGUGCUAGUGCCAAGUGCAAGAAUGGAUGGGUGUUUGUCAUUUGUAACUAUGAUCCUCCUGGCAACUAUCAGGAUGAGCGUCCUUAUUAA